AUGGGUGCAUUACAGGAUGAUAACGUAUCACAAGAUAGAAUCUUUUCGGAAUUAAACCGAGUGAGUUCAAAGAAGUCGUCGCUACGAACAGUGCGCCGUAUCUCGGACGAGCGCAACCUCAGCAAUCUGAAUGUGGACACUGAAGACUGCGAUGCCAUACUCCAGGCUAUUGACCAGUCUAGUG